AUGCAAGUAGUUAUGUUUAAGUGUGUGCUUUACCAUCAAAACCAACCUUUUCGAUGUGAAAUUGAACACAAAUUGGGGGUAAGUUGUGUCGGAGCCGGCCCUGUUAUAUGCAAAGUAACACUGGAUAAAGGUGGCUACGUACCAGGAGAAAGCAUAGGAAUUUCUGCGAGUGUUUAUAAUCGCAGUAACGUAACGAUUAAAAGUACCAGAGCAGCCCUGACUGAAACUGUGGAAUAUUUAUCAAGAGGAAAGAUAAUUCAAUCCGAAAGAAGAGAACUGUCUUCGAUAAAUCGGGGUAAAAUAAAACCGGGAGAAGUUGACGAGUGGGAAAACGAGCAAUUGUAUGUCCCCCCACUGCCCCCUACUAACCUCAGGGGUUGUCAUUUAAUAAAAAUUAAUUAUGAUGUUUAUUUCAUUAUUGAACCAAAAAGUUUAGAAAAGGAAGUUAAACUUCAGUUACCAAUUAUGAUUGCAACAUAUCCGUUUAGAUCGGACGGAAACGAUUCUACAUACAAAUCUGGAACACACUACCCUUCUACAUUACCAGUUUUUAGACCGUGGUUAGAAGACAAGCCUGUGAUAGAAUAACAAAUCUUCUUAUAUGUUAUUGCAAUACCGCCAUAAUAUAUUAGUUUAAUAGCGUGAUGACAUUAUCUUGUAUAUAAUAUACAUAUAGAUAUUUUACUUUAUUUCUAAUAUUAACUUUUAUA